AUGUCCAUGUCCCCCCAACCAUCUUCCGUGACGGCGCUGUCCGCUCCCGGCAAGGUCCUCCUGACCGGUGGCUACCUCGUUCUCGACCGCAACUAUACGGGUACAGUGUUCGCCCUUGAUGCGCGCAUCCACGUGGUCGUUCAGCAACUCAGGAGUCAUCGCCGUGCACCUUCUGGGUCGAGUGACGCUAACCCUGUGCUGGGUACCGAGGCCCAGCCCACUCGUCCCGAGGGCGAGGAGACAGAGUCCGAGCACACAGUCGUUGUGCGUUCGCCGCAAUUCAUCGAUGCGGUCUGGGAAUAUGGAAUUCAGCGGUGUGAGAAUGGAGGCGGUGUUAAGGUGGUUCAGAAGAAUGACGGCCCGCGAAAUCCUUUCGUUGAGACCUCGCUGAGCUACGCAUUAACAUACAUUAGCUACGUUGCUGACUCAAAGGACUUUGGCUCGCUAUCUGUCACCAUUCUGGCCGAUAAUGACUACUAUUCGGAGACUGCAACCUCAAGAGGCCCUGCAUCUCAAGCGCAUGGACGUUUCGUCAAUUUCGGUGUUCCUCUUCUCGAAGCCCACAAGACUGGUCUGGGUUCGUCCGCCGCGCUAGUGACUGCUCUCGUCUCUGCUCUGGUUAUCCAUCGUACAAUGCAAGCUGACGACCUUGGUGCCGGCCGUGAUAAGCUCCACAAUUUAGCUCAAGCUGCUCACUGCGCAGCCCAGGGUAAGGUUGGAUCUGGGUUUGAUGUCGCGGCCGCCGUAUAUGGUUCAUGCCUGUAUAAGCGAUUCUCACCUGCUAUCCUCCAAUCUGUUGGCGAUGUUGGAACACCAUGCUUUGAGGAACGGUUGUUCGCUGUGGUAGAAGAUGCCGACCAAGAGCACCCCUGGGAUACUGAAUGUGUCGAUUUUGGCAUGCAGCUCCCGCGCGGAAUGCAGAUGGUCCUGUGCGACGUUGAGUGUGGCUCGCAGACUCCUUCUAUGGUCAAGAAGGUGCUCCAAUGGAGGAGCGAGAACCAGAAAGAGGCCGAUAUUCUCUGGGCUAGUCUGCAGAACAACAACGAACGACUACGACAGGAGCUGAAGCGCCUGGCGCAGCACCCAGAUGCCAACACCGAUGGUGAAUUUUCAGAUGUCCGCACCCUCAUUGGCCGUACACGUCACCUCAUUCGCACCAUGACCCGCCGGACGGGUGUGCCUAUCGAGCCCAGCGUGCAGACCGAGCUGCUGGACAACCUCUCUGAGAUCGAGGGUGUCAUUGGCGGAGUCGUGCCUGGUGCUGGUGGCUACGAUGCCAUCGUGCUGCUAAUUCGGGACGAUCCCGCCGUCAUAACCAGACUGAACGAGCGGUUCACCGACUACAAGAGUGCUGUGGAGGAUGACUUUGGAGGAAAGAUUGGCAAUGUACGACUUCUGGGUGUUCGUCACGGGUCAGAAGGAGUGAGAAACGAAGUUCCCGAACAAUAUGCCGCCUGGAUUUAG